AUGGACACCAAUAUUUCUUGCGCAUCGCCGGGUGGUCCAGGCGACUCCGCCUUCGGCCCAGUGAUGGAUUCUUGCGUCCGCAAGUUCGACUUCACGCUCUUGUUUGAGGACACGAUCUUGUCGAUCCUCCCAUCGUCAAUUUUCAUCAUUCUAGCAGCUUUGAGGAUGUUCUCCCGUCGCUCGGUACAACACAAAGUCGCAAACAACACGUUUCGCCAAGUCAAGCUGGCCUCAAUCCUGGUUUUCACUGCCAUCUCUAUCGCCCUUACCACACUCUGGGCUCGUGCAAUCGCCGCCGCCGUUCUGACCAUUCUGGACAGCGUAUUCGUGGCUGGCCUCUCAUUUACAGAGCACUCGAGAUCGCUCAGCCCGUCCCUGCUUCUGAAUGCAUUUCUAGUCCUGUCCACCAUCUUUGAUGCCGUCCGCCUCCGAACCCUGUGGAUAAAAUCCGUCGGAACCCCCAUAGUUGCGCUCUCAACCGCGACCUUUGGCCUGAAGCUUGCGCUUCUCGUGCAGGAGGAAGCUAGCAAGAGGCGAUGGAUCAUCGGCAACUCGAGCGAGUGUAGCUCUGAGGAGACUGCUGGACUAUUCAACCGUGUCGGGUUCCAUUGGCUCAACGGUCUGCUUCUCAAUGGCUACAAGUCUCCGCUAUCGAUUGACAAGCUACCUGUCAUUGAUAGACAGCUUCUGUCUGAUUCUCUUUGGAACCGGGUUGGACAGAAGUGGAGGAACUCACCCAAGACGGGAAACAAUGCCUUACUAGGAACUAUCUUCUCGGCUCUUAAGUGGCCCAUCCUGGCACCUGUUCCUGCCUACAUGAUCCUCGUUGGGCUCCAGCUCGCACAGCCGUUCAUGAUCAGCACUAUCAUGGCCUACCUCGCGAGCCCUGUUGACCACACCGAGGACCAGAGAAAUAUCGGAUACGGGUUGAUCGGAGCCUAUGGCUUGGUCUACGUUAGCAUUGCGGUGAGAUGCCAACACCUUGUCUUCCGCAUCACUGGCGCCGAGGAGGCUGCUGCGGUCACAUUGAUGAGCACGGAUAUUGAGAGAAUCGUCAACGGCAUGUCCAAGAUUCACGAGAGCUGGUCGACACUUCUCCAGAUGGCUGUGGCCCUUGCCUUACUAUACAGACAACUCGGAGUUGUGUUCAUCGUUCCUCUUGUGCUUUUCUUGAUUUGUGCUUUUGGUGCGGGAGCCUUGUCGGGUUCCGCUGGGGCUUUUCAGGCAUCCUGGAUGGCGGCUAUCCAAAAGAGAGUCGCGGUUACUUCUUCUGUUUUGGGAGCCCCCAAAGGCGUCAAGCUGUCCGGUUUCACCGAUAAGAUGUUCCACAUCAUCCAAGACCUGCACUUGAGGGAAAUCGCGUCCGCAGCAAAGUUCAGGACCAUGUUGCUUGUCAUUGUCACCCUGUCGUAUGCACCUGGUUCCAUCUCCCCAGUGGUGACCUUCGGCGCAUACACGGCUAUCGCACAAAAGGAGCACACCACACUUGACUCGAACCGCAUCUUCACGUCCCUAGCCCUGCUUGCCCUCGUCACGCAGCCUCUCAACGAGCUGUUUGCGCAUCUCCCCAACAUCAUUGCCUCCAUCGCAUGCUUCGGCCGUGUUCAAGCUUUCCUCUUGUCCCCGGAGACGGCUGCCAAGUCGGAUGUCCGCAGCCCUUCGGACAACCUCGGCAACACCUCGUCCAUCAGUGAGUCGCGAAGAGACUCUUCGUUCCGCCAGGAGUCCGAGAAGCAGGCCAAGUUCAAUGAAGCCAUCAUCUUAGAUCCUCUAGUCAACGGAAAUGCCAUCGAAAUUCAUGCGGACCCAGCCUUGACCGAUCUCACGCUGCACAUCCCCCACGGAAAGCUCACAAUGAUUGUCGGGCCCGUCGCCUCUGGAAAGUCGACCCUCCUCAAACCUAUUUUGGGCGAGACUCCAGUUGCAGAGGGGACUAUCAUCCGGGCCUCUGAUAACAUAGCCUUCUGCGACCAAGUUCCCUGGCUAACCAACGAAACUCUCCGUCGGAACGUCACUGGCUUCUCUCACUUUGAGGCUUCUUGGUAUAGCACCGUAGUCCGAGCUUGUGCUUUGGAGGAAGACAUUGCGACCUUCCCGGAUGGCGACCAGGUCAUGGUUGGCAGCAAGGGCGUUACCCUCAGUGGUGGCCAGAAGCAGCGAGUGGCAAUUGCCCGCGCCGUGUACUCGCGACGUGAAAUCAUCCUGUUCGACGACGUCUUCAGCGGUCUCGACUUCGAGACGCAGACUCGUGUCUUCAACAAACUCUUCGGACUAUCUGGCCUCUUGAGACAACGCAACGCCACUGCGCUCUUCGUCACCCACGCAGUACACAUACUCCCUCAAGCAGACUACAUCAUCACUCUGGACCAAACCGGCACGAUUGCUUCUCGUGGAACGUUUGAGGAGCUCAACAAGCAGCCCGGUUACAUCAGCAAGUUCGGCCUGGUCACCAAAGAAGACACGAUCCAGCGUGACGCCGUGAAGGAUGACAGAAAAUCCGCGUUCAAGCCUGAGCAGAGAGAGAAGACAGCAAACAGCAGCAUUGACGAGGACACACAGCGCAUGGGUGAUCGUUCUGUCUAUAAGUACUACUUUCAGGCAACCGGCCCCCGCAGCGUUCUCAUAUUCAUCACCCUGCAGGUCAUUUGGGUUUUCCUGACAAAGUUCCCCGAAAUUUGGCUUUCUUGGUGGGGUGAGGCUAACGACAGACAUCCUAAUCAAGAGACCGGAAAGUACAUGGGAGUCUAUGCCACUCUUCAAGUCCUUUCACUUAUUUUAUCAUCGAUUCAUCAAGUUUUGUUGCUAACAUCUCCAAUGGCACCUCUGUCCUUCUUUGCUACAACCAAUACUGGCUCCAUCGUUAACAGAUUCAGCCGGGACAUUCAGUUAAUCGACGCUGAGCUGCCCAUCUCUCUCCUCAAUGUUGCCGCCAACGGACUCAUCUGCAUUGCACAAGCUUUGAUGAUUAUCCCUGCCUCCUACCAGCUCAUUACAGUCUUCCCGCUCCUCGGCGGCGUACUCUGGGUUAUUCAAAGGUUCUACCUACGGACGUCGCGCCAGCUUCGUUUCCUGGAGCUCGACGCCAAGGCCCCCAUGUACUCCCAAUUCCUCGAGACCCUAAGCGGACUCUCCACAAUCUGCGCCUUCGGCUGGCAACAGGACCUCACAAACCUCAUGCGAGACCGCCUCGACACCUCCCAGAAGCCAAUGUACCUCCUCUACAGCAUCCAGCGCUGGCUCACCCUCGUCCUAGAUCUCACCGUCGCCGCCCUCGCCAUCGUCCUCAUCUCCGUCGCCGUCGCCCUGCGCGGUCGUGUCGGCGCGGGCUUUGCCGGUGUGGCCCUGUACAACAUCAUGGGUCUCAGUAGCGCCAUGAAGGCGGCCAUCACCGUCUGGACUGUUCUCGAGACCUCGAUUGGUACCGUUGCGCGUGUGAAGACCUUUGCGGAGCAGACGCCUGCUGAGAGCCAGGCCCGGGACCCUCAGACGCCGUCGGGGUCUUUGCCUGAGAGGGGGGCGAUUAGCUUCCAUAAUGUCACUGCUUCGUAUGGUGAGGGCAUGGGUAAGGUUCUUUCAAAGGUUUCCUUUGGCGUUUUGCCUGGCCAGAAGGUUGGGAUAUGCGGUCGAAGCGGGAGUGGCAAGAGUUCUCUCCUGCUCACUCUGCUCCGCCUCAUUGAUUGUGACGAGGGACAAGUCAUCAUCGACGGCGUCGACGUUGCGACCAUGCCGCGCGAGGUACUACGUCAGCGACUGAACGCGCUUCCUCAAGAGCCUCCCUUCUUCAGCGGUAGUGUGCGUCUCAACUGUGAUCCCGAAGGUGCGAUUUCGGAUGAGAUCAUUACCGAAGCCCUCCGCACCGUCGGUCUCUGGGAGGUGAUUGAAGAGAAGGGCGGGCUAGAUGCGGAGUUUUCAGAUGACUUCUUCUCUCACGGCCAGAAGCAGGUAUUCUGCCUGGCGAGAGGUAUCUUGUGCCCGACCAAGAUUGUGGUCAUGGAUGAGGCUACUAGCAAUGUUGAUGUCGACACGGAGAAGAAGAUGAUGAAAAUCAUCCACGAACGAUUCGCCCACGCCACCAUCAUCUCAGUGGCUCACCGUCUCGACACCGUUCUCGACUUUGAUAAGAUUAUCAUCUUGGACAAGGGUGUCAUUGUCGAGGAGGGCUGUCCCGCUGAGCUUCUUGGUCGGGCGUCUGCUUUCCGAGCCCUUUACGAAACAUUCCACACCUGA